AUUUGACAACUCAGUUUUUCAAUUGCUUUUGUUUUGAUAGAUACGAUAAAUCAUAUGAAAUUUUUUUUCUUAUCUUUGUAAGGACUAAUCGAUUCAAACCCCGUUUAACCGUAAAAAAAACGGGACGUUUUGUUUCGUGCGCUUGAUCACUGGUCUUAUUUUUAUAAUAGCUCUACUGAACGCAGUAAUGGCUUGGCGAUCGAGAGGACUCAGCAAUGCUGAUUUGAUUCGCCAGUUACAAGAGUAUGGAGUAAUUAAAAGUGAAGCCGUUGCCCAAGCCAUGACGGCUACGGACAGAAAAUUUUACAUUGCAAGCAAUUUAAAUCCAUACGUCGAUUCCCCUCAGCGCAUUGGACACGGUGCCACGAUAAGUGCUCCUCAUAUGCAUGCAUAUGCCCUAGAGUUGUUGGAAAAUCAUUUAAAAGCAGAUAGUAAAGUUUUAGACGUUGGGUCUGGUUCCGGUUAUCUAACAGCAUGCUUUGCUCGUUAUAUACUCCGACACGAAAAUUCAACUGGAAUUGUUGUCGGAAUUGAACACCAUCCAAAGUUAGUUGAAUUAGGAAAAAAUAAUAUCAAAGCGGAUGAUGAAACCCUUAUUGAUACAGGAAAAGUUAUUCUCAUUGAGGGAGACGGCCGUCAAGGAUGCAAAGAGUAUGCUCCUUAUGACUGUAUUCAUGUCGGAGCGGCCGCACCGGAAACACCGCAGGAACUUAUUAAUCAACUAAAACCUGGUGGUCGGCUCAUAGUUCCUGUUGGACCAGAUGGCGGAACACAGUACUUGGAGCAGUACGAUAAAGAUGGAAAUGGAAAAGUCUCCAAGACACGUUUAAUGGGGGUGAUGUACGUACCGCUGACAGAUUUACACACGUGAUGCCCUAGUAGGGAGAGUCUCUUUAUAGCUAUGCGCAUCUUACUGUUGGUCAUACUGCUUUUGCUAAUUGGAUACAGUUUGAAAAGAAAUUUUUUCUAAACAUCCAGUAAAGAGUUUUGGGUUAGUUUGUUGUGUGCUUGUCGUUUCAGUUUUAAAGCUUUGUUUUUGAAGCACGUCAUUUAUUACGACGAAUAUGACAUUGCUGUACUGAAUAAUAUAAAUAGACAUUAAAAAUGUCCGCGGAUAUUUGCACUAAAUAAAUAAUGCAGAAAUAUAA